UCGUUCAUACAACCAAAAACGCAUCACGAAUGCUAUGUUUCAUAACAACAAUAAAAACAAAAACAAUGCUAAAUGCAAACAGUCUCAAAUAUGUAGCGCCCUGUCUAAAUCGCAGAUCGCAGCAACCAUGGUAAAGAGCGCCGUUCAGCUGAUUUGUCAUAAUUUCAUCAAUUUCACGCCUACUACCUGCAUGGGUGCUUCUCGGGUUAAACAGCUGCCUACGACUGUUUUCCCUUUCAUGCUCUCUCUAAUGUGACAAAAAUGUUGUUGGAGACAAUUUUCCAAAACCACUUCACAGGAACCGAUUUGCCCCUUCUUUGUUGGAACUACGGUACCGACGUUGCUGAACCUUGACAGCUCGAGGGUCUUUGCUGUGUCACUGCGGAAAGUAAAAUGUUUCCGACGGUCGAUUCCGAUGGUUAGUUUCGGUUGCGUCGCAGCACUAGAAACAUCACCGGAACAGCGGUUCCGGAACAGACGGUCAUCAUGGCAGAGCAUCUUCUUCAACGGUUUGCUACCAUCGGUAGUACCAGCACAGCCGGCCCACCGCCGACUACGGCGACCAUCAAUUCGAGAAUUCACCACGAACCAUUUAUUAAAUAUCCAGUUUACGGGCCUGGUUCCGGACCAGAAAUCUUCGAAGAAGGCGAAGGCUUUUGGGCCAGUGGAAGUGCUCCGGGGUUCUUCCCAGGGCAGGGACCACCGCCCCCUCCACCUCCACCUAUCCCUUAUCGAAUCCCAUACGGAAAAUACGGGAAGGCGCGCUUCAAGGGUGCCUCCGUAGCGAUCCUGACGUUCAUUGGCUUCCUGUUCUUCCUGAGUGUUCUUCAGAACUACAUUCGAGACUACUCCACCACGAGCAGCCCAACGGUAAGUGUAUCUACAGGGAAGCACAUUCCAACCAACUCGGUAAAGAUUUUCGAUUCCAAAAAGGUCAUUGUGCUGUCAUCGGGUGCCACCAAGGAGAACCAAGGUCCGCAGUAUCCGUUCCUGCAGAAGAAUGAUGGGAUUUUGAGUGCAGAGGACGAUUCCUACAGUUACAAGAAGACUUCUUCCAGCGGAAAGAACCGUAAUAAGAAUCCGAAUCAGAAGCGACAGUACUCAUCGGAUGUCGCAUCAGCAACGCCCUCGUUGUUCACCGAUGUUCUUACCGUUGACGGGUUUUAGCUGUAAUUUAUGUUUUGUGGUGAAAUGUUUUAUUUAAAGUGACUUGUUUAAUUUAUUGAAUAUUUAUA